AUGCUUCAACCUCUGGCCCCAGGACCGGGCACCAGCGCCUGCAGCCGGGAGGGGAUGAUCCCCACACCUCCACCACCAGCUGCCACUUCGCAGCACGAACCCCCAGCCCAGCUUUCGGGGGGUUGCAUGGCGCUGCCCACUGCACAGCACUUCCCUGUCCGUGCAUGUGGCCCCCUGAGCGCUGCACUGCCCGUCCCUCUGUCCGUCUGUGCCACAGCCAGGAUCGACCCCACCGUCCAUCUGGGCGAAGGCAGGCAUCGCGGGGUUUAUGGACGGAGUGGCUUUGCCUCCUUCUUUAAGUCUUCAGCGCCCUCAGCCACUCGGCCUGAGACACAGCCUCUUCUCCCUGCCUCCAGGCGCCCCUCGCCCCCCGGGAGGGACACCUACGGCACCUCCUCGCUGAGCAGCAGCAGCAAUUCUGGCUCCUGCAAGGGCAGCGACAGCAGCCCCACCCCAAGGCGCUCGUCCAAGUACAACCUCUGCAGUGACAACCAUGGGAUAAAGCCACCGACGCCGGAGCAGUACCUGACCCCCCUGCAGCAGAAGGAGGUCUGCAUCCGGCACCUGAAGGCUCGCCUGAAGGACACGCAGGAGCGGCUGCAGGACAGGGACGCUGAGAUCGAGGACCUGAAGACGCAGCUGUCACGGAUGCAGGAGGACUGGAUCGAGGAGGAGUGCCACCGCGUGGAGGCCCAGCUGGCGCUGAAGGAGGCCCGCAAGGAGAUAAAGCAGCUGAAGCAGGUCAUCGACACGGUGAAGAACAACCUGCUGGAGAAGGACAAGGGCCUCCAGAAGUAUUUUGUGGACAUCAACAUCCAGAACAAGAAGCUGGAGACGCUGCUGCACAGCAUGGAGGUGGCGCAGAACGGGGCGCUGAAGGAGGAGGGGGCCGGCGAGUCGGCCGGGGGGUCCCCAGCCCGAUCCCUCACCCGCAGCUCCACCUACACCAAGCUGAGCGACCAGGGGGCCGGGGACCGCAACGUGGGGGGCUCUCAGACCAUCUCGCUGGACGAGGGGGCCGACAGUGGCUUCGUGGGGAUGGAGGAGGCUCCGGGCCACACGGACCCGCUGGAGGUGGGGGGUGAGCCUGGCAGCCGCCUGCCCCCCAGCAACACCUACGAGAAGGUGCUGGGACUGCGGGGCAGCGUGGAGGCAGGGGUGCAGGCCAGCUGCAUGCAGGAGCGGGCCAUCCAGACGGACUUUGUGCCCUGCCAGCCCGACCUGGACACCAUCCUGGAGAAGGUGAUGAAGUCCCAGGCUUGCAGCUUGGGCAGCCCCACCUCCGCCUGGGUCUCCGAAAUGGAAGACACGAUGCCCGUCCCUGAGCUCGCCAACCCCUCUGGGGCCACGGACAUGCUGGUGGCUGAGCCCGAUGCCACGACGGCGGGUAGUGGCGGUGCUGAGGGCGGUGUCCCCUGCAACCCCGCGGUGCGGCAGCCCCCCAGCGCCAGCCCCUCGGUGGCCAUCGCCUGCGUGGCGGAUGAGGAGCUGACAGAGGCGACCGGCUGCGAGAACAACCCUUCCAAGAGCUACUGGAGCCGCCACUUCAUCGUGGAUCUGCUGGCAGUGGUGGUGCCGGCGGUGCCCACGGUGGCCUGGCUGUGCCGCUCGCAGCGGCGGCAGGGCCAGCCCAUCUACAACAUCAGCUCCCUGCUGCGGGGCUGCUGCACCGUCGCCCUCCACUCCAUCCGCAGGAUGGGCUGUCGCCCCGUCGCCAGCCCUGGCCCCGGGGGCAGUGCCCAGCCCUGACCCCACCCCGAGGCCCCCACCCGCCCCCAUGGACCCGACUGCUGAUUGUAAAACCCUGGUGUGGCACUGGCGGGUGGGAAGGGGUGGAGGGGUCUGUGGGUGCAUCGGGGUGUGCUGCCCCCUCCAGCUGCUCUGUCCUGGAGGAUGGAAAGGACUGUUGUUGGAAGAGGGGCACUAAAAGUCACCCUUUGCUGAUGGACACCCCUGCCCAUGCCUCUGGCUGUGGGGGACUGCACCCACCGGGUGGGCUCUCCCUCCAUUGCACUUGCUUCUCGGUUGUCCCCAGGCUGUCCCAAGGGCCAGCCCUGACACGGGCAGUUGAUGGUAAGCAGCUGAUGGCAGCAGGGAUCACUGGGGGUGCAGUGGUUCCUUGCUCCAGGUGCAGAGUCUGUCUGUGGGCAGGGGGAUGGGGGGAUCCUGCCCAGAAACAGGAACCAGCUCCGGAGCGGUUUGGUCCAGCUGCUCAUUCCCUAGGAGAUGCUCCCCACAUGGGGAUGGAACUGUGCUGUGGCUCACGCACGGAGCGCCCCAAGGAAGCCAUGGGCUCUCCCUCCCUUUGCUUUGCACUAUAUUCACUUUUUUUUGGGUACAGACUGAAGCCUGGUUGUUGGAACUCUGGCCACCAGACAGCAGGUCCGGGGCCUCUCGUGGUUUUGGCAGCGGUGAUGCCGGUUAUCCCACCAUGUGCUGGAGCUCGGAUGCCUUUGCCGGGGUGCGGGCAGCGCCGUGCAGGCAGAGCCAAGCCCUUUGCCCCCCCGGCCCACCCAAAUUCCCGCUUUGCUGGUGGCCUCCAGAAAAAUGCCUUUUUUUUGUUGUUGCUGAGAUGCAAAGACAGCAAGGAUUGCUCAGCGGGGCUGUUGGGGCGCGGCACUCAGGGCUCCCCCGGGUGCGCCGCGCUCCCACCCCACGAAUGUCUGUGGUUUCUUCGUGACUUGAACUAACAGUGUUUUUCUCCCCACCCCAUCCCACCCCAACCCCACUCCCCCACCCACGGGUGCCACUGGCCGGGUGCCCUGGGAGGCGGUGAUGCUCCACAUGCGCCCCAUCCCGCGUGCCCCACGCUUCCCUGCAUCCCCCAUCCUCUGGCUCUGCCUGUGCUGGGGGGCAGUGGGGGCAGCAGCUCUUCCACCAGCACAGCACCAGGUGCUGGGGAAAAGAUCUGGGGAGCAGCAGUGUCCGGGCAGCUGGGGCAGGUGGAAGCGGAGCUGGGAUGUUCGCCUCUCGUGCAAUGUAUUUGUGGAUCUGUGUACACGUCUGUUAGACUAUCCAAAGCUUUGCCAAGAAAUAAAUGUAACGAUUAUAUUUGAAGGACAAA